UCGAUCCCUCUCCCACAACCUGCCUUUUCGAUCCCUUCCCCACUCCCCGCCGCUUCGGUCCCUCCCAUACUCCCGCCGCUUCGAUCGCUCCACGCCUCCCGCCGCUUCGAUCUCUACCCCACCUCAUCUUCGAUCCCUCCUCCGUCUUUCUGCUUGGGGUCGAGCCCCCAUCGGCGCAUGGCCGCGACGAAGUCCUUGGUCUUGGGGCCGCCGGCGAACUGGUCCUCGAAAUCCUCCACGACGAGGGCGUCGGCGGCGGCGCUGGCGAGGGCGGUGGAGAUUGCGAGGCACAACUUGAGGAACUCCGAGGCGGGGGCUGAUGGAGCGGAGGAGGAAAUAGAAGAGGAGUUCGAGGAGGAGGAUGGGGUCGAGAAGGAUCGGGGCGUGAUGACGCGGCGUGGUCCUUGGCGGCGGUGGCUCCGCCGUCCUCCGGCGAUUCUCGACGGAUAGAUCUCGCCUUCGGGCAGAGAACGGUGAAGGCGCAGCAACAGGUGAAGAAAAGUCGACGAGGGCCGAGGUCGAGGAGCUCGCAGUAUCGAGGUGUCACCUUCUAUAGGAGGACGGGAAGAUGGGAAUCUCAUAUAUGGGAUUAUGGGAAGCAGGUCUAUUGGGAGGUUUUGACACUGCUCAUGCUGCAGCAAGGAAACCCUUUAUUCUUAGGUUAAUAGAUAAUAUUUAUCUCUGCACCGGAGCCGUCGCUCGCCGUGAACCGCCGCCGCCUCGGCUGCCUCCUCGUACGGCUCACACGCCCCUGCAACUAGGCCGAGGGGAGCGCCAUCCUAGCCUCCUCUUCGCAGCGACGUUGUGCGGGAGCUCGCUUCUCAAGAAUCGGAGGAACUUCUUGUUUGAUGAUGCAGAUGAGGUGUUUGUUCAUAGGUUACAAUAGAAAUCCAGAAAUGACUCGGCGCUCGGAGCAAUUACCAGCUGAAGAUUAAGAAGAUGUAUGAGAUUUGGAUGAAUUAAAAAGUAUGAUGCGGAGAUUGGAGUCUGAAACGCCAACCAAAAUUUUCUUAAGCCAGAUACGAGCAUACGAUCGUGCCGCGAUUAAGUUUCCAGGGGUUGACGUCGACAUCAAUUUCAAUCUUAGCGACUACGAUGAUAAUUUGAAACAGAUGAGGAACCUGACAAAGGAAGAGUUUGUACACAUACUUCGCCGUCAAAGCACUGGGUUCGCAAGGGGAAGCUCCAAGUAUAGAGGGGUGACAUUGUAUAAGUGUGGCCUCAGGCAAGCUCGCAUGGGGCAGUUCUUGGAAGCUUUGCUCCGGUACAUUUAUCUUGGGUUGUUCGACAGUGAAAUAGAAGCUGCAAGGGCAUAUGACAAGGCCGCCAUUAGGUGUAAUGGGAGGGAAGCGGUUACCAACUUUGAGCCAAGCUUUUAUGAAGGAGAGAUUCUUCCUGAACCUGAAAAUGAAGUUUCAACAAAAUCUCCGCUUUCACCUUAUCAUCAAAGUUCUAUAUUACGCUAUCCUGUUUCGCCUUAUGCUCAAGCUCCUGGCCCAACACCAACCAUAUUAAGCUCUCCUGGGAAGUCAUUUCCGAGUUCACCUGCUAAUCACAUUGUUAUUGGCUCUGGCUCUCCAACUUCACAUCGAGUUUUGAGAAAACUAUAUGAGAAACUUCAAAAGAAUGGGGAGAGCAAUGUUUGAUCAUUUAUCGCAGCUGAUAAGGAAUACAGCCUCAUGUGACAAUCUACCAUUUCGACCUUCCCCUAAUUCUUUACGAGGAAUACGGUGGAAUUUUGAGAUCAUCAUUUAAAUUUGCAAUCAUAUGUACUAAUUUUGUAUGCAAGCUUUUUUCUUUGACAUACUCAUUGUGGAAGAAUACAGGUUAUUUUUAUAUUUUUAUUCUCA